UCCAAUGUCCCGAUUACUGUUACGGUAACAAUGGUGGUCAUUCAAGUAAGAGACUGGUCAAGUUUCAAGGAGAGCUAUUAACAUUUUAUCGUCUGUGUAAAAAGCGGACAUUCAUACGCACACGCGCACAGUACUGGCAUCAUCAGACGUCAUGAAUUAUUAGUCAGCUACAGAGCUUCUGCUUUUUCACUGCCAGCUGCACAAAUUAAUCGCACAAAAGCUUCAUCUGACGUCUCAUCAUGGCCGACACGGAACAGAGCCAGUUUUCUCUGAUGAGCCUGGAGGAUGAGCUGACCUGCAGCAUCUGUCUGAGUCCCUUUGACUGUCCGGUGACCAUCCCCUGCGGACACAACUUCUGCCAGGGCUGCCUCCUCAGCACCUGGACCGACACCUACAGCUGUCCUCAGUGUCGGACCCUCUUUGAGACCAUACCGGAGCUGAAGAAAAACACGGUCCUCAGCAGCGUCGUCCAGACCUUCUGCUCGACCAGCCUGGUGGUGGAGGAGAGCAAGGCGGAGAAAGAUGAUGUGGUCCGCUGUGACACCUGUAUGGAGGCAGAAGCGGCCCAGACCUGCCUCACCUGCAUGGCCUCUUUCUGCGAGGAGCACCUGCGGCCUCACCGGGAAAACCCAACUUUCCGUGUCCACCAGCUGAUUGAGCCCAUCGGCAACCUGUCAGAGCACAUCUGCGCGGACCACCACAAGCUGAUGGAGUUCUUCUGCAGCCAGCAUGGCCGACCAAUCUGCAGCUUAUGUCUCCAGCAAGUCCACAAAGGCUGCACGUUCAUAUCACCUGAGGAGCAGAGGAGCCUGAAAGAGACUGACCUCAGAGAGAAGUUGGGUUUGCUGGACAUGAAGAUUGAGAAGACUGAGACAGUUAUGUUUCAAAUUAAUGACAUGCAGAGUAAGCUGAAGGAAGCAGCUACCAAGAGGAAGACAGCAUUUGCAGCUGUGUUUCAGCAGAUGCGGGAUAUGUUGGCCCAAGAAGAGCGUGAGGCCCAACAUGAGGUGGACCACGAGCUGGAGACGGGUCAGAUGAAACUUCGUGAUCUCAUGAAGAGGUUAACUGAGAAUACUGAGAACAUGAGAAAAGCCAGAGAAGAUAUCAACGGUCUGCUGAGUCAAUCCCAAACCCUAGCCUUUCUGCAGGCUUCAUUUGACUUGCCAAGGGCUACAAAGUUUGAGCCUCACACCCCUCGGAUCAACCUGGACUCCAAGAAGGUGACAGCAACACAGGCCUUUGCUUCAUCACUGAAGGACCAUCUGACAGAGAUCUUUAAACAGCCUGUUGAGGCCAGACUGGUCACACUUAACCCAGAUGAAAGCGCAGCUCCUGUCUCAGGAAGUGCUGGAUCACAGCUGGAAUCUGAACAAGCAGAUCCUCCAGAGCAGAGCAGACAGACCACAUCCAUCGGUCCUGGUUGUCCACCCAUCCAGCCAUUCUUCCAGCCAGUUCCCGUACCUGUUUAUAUUGGCCAACAUGGAGGCUGGAGCACACCCCAGUAUAGACAGGGCCAGGCACCAGGCUCUUACAAGGGACCUCCAUUUAGACCAGGACAAAAGACAGACAAGAAAAGUGAUACGGGUCACCACUCCUCCCACAAGCAAGUCAAAAAGCCCCAGAGUGCUUCAGGCGGGAAAAAGCCAAGCGGAAAAGGAUCCGACUCCACUAAGAAGGACAAUCCUAAAAGCCAUCCAUCAUCAGGAAAACCAGCUGGACCCCAUCCACGGCCGCAUAAAAACAAAUAGAUGCAGCAGCUGCUAUAUGUGCUUCUGGAGUCCUGAUACAACAAGUCAAUAUAACACUCUGUAUGCUAUAAAUGUAGAGACGGUCAGGUGGUCACAUGAUAGGGAGUUGCAUAAUGAAAUUGCUUUAUGUGCUUAGAUAAAUUCGGAUGUGGUAGACAUGGCUUGGAAAUGCAAUCCCAGAUUGUUGUUUCUUAAGUAUUCAUCCAGGGCAUGUGUUAAAGAAAGUUUGCAUUUUGUCAGUUGUAUGUUUUGUCUUUCUCUGAUCCGUACACCGUGACCUUGCAGUCAAACUUGUA